AUGACCAAACAAAUUUAUCAUACUGCACCAGAAUUCAACAAACCAAAUUCUUUGAAUUUUGACAACUUUUGGCUAUUCGGAUAUGGAAUUGGAAUUCACUUGCUUCAAGUAGAGGACCCCAGCAACAUUCUAAGAAAGAAAGAAAUUAAUCCGAAAGAUAAUCACAUAUCAUUCCAGUGUGAAAGCAUGGGAGCAGUGGAGAAGAAGCUUGAGGAAAUGGAGAUAGAAUACGCGCGUGGAACGGUGGAAGAAGGCGGGAUCAAAGUGGAUAAGUUGUUUUUUCAUGACCCAGAUGGGUUCAUGAUUGAGAUAUGCAACUGUGAUAUCCUUCCCGUGAUUCCCUUACCAAGUGACAUGGUUAGGUCAUGCUCUAUAACGAACCUUCAGAUGCUUCAACAGAGACAGACACACCAAAUUGUGAAACAAGACUCAGCUUUAAUGUUAUCUUGA